UUAUGCCUGCCCUAAAGUUGAGUUAUUCUCAUCUAAAAGUGCAUCUCAAACGAUGCUUUGCAUACUGUUCAUUGUUUCCCAAAAGUUAUGAUUUCAAGAAGAAGAAGUUAAUCCAUCUUUGGAUGGCCGAAGGCUUGAUUCUAGCAGAUGGACAUAAUCCCUUAGAAGACAUUGGCAACGGUUAUUUUGAUGAUCUAUUGAGGAAGUCCUUCUUUCAGGAAGUCAAGGACAGUAAAGAUGACAGCACGAAAAUUUACAGAAUGCAUGAUUGAUUCAUGAACUUGCCCAAUCUGUUGCUGGAAAUGAAUUCUUAAAAUUGGAGCAUGGCCGGCCUACACCAAGUGAUCUAGCAAAAACUCGUCACUCAUCAGUAGUUUGUAAUUUCCCGUCAUCUGCAAUUCCAACAGCCUUGCUGAAAGUGACACGUCUUAGAACCUUGCUGUUGUUGUCUCCUGGAUUCAGCUCUGAGGAGCUUCCUUUUUUGCCCACUAAUUUCAAGUAUUUAAGGGUUCUAGAUAUAAGUGGGUCCGGAAUCAAAGGAUUCCAUAAAUCAAUAGGGAACUUGGUCUCUUUGAGAUACCUUGACCUCUCCGAAACUUCAAUUCAAGCACUACCCAACACAAUCUGUGACCUCUGCAAUCUGCAGACACUGAACCUCUCAGGUUGCUGCCACCUUCAAACACUGCCUGAUGGAAUGGAAAAGCUGAUUAACCUAAGGCACCUUAAUAUAACUGGGUGUGAAAGACUUACCCGUAUGCCAACUGGGAUUGGAAAGUUAGUUCACCUUCAGACAUUGCCGAUAUAUAUUGUGGGCAAGAGAAAUGGGGAAGGUAUUUCGGAACUCAGCUGCCUAAACCUACGGGGGGAACUUAACAUAAAAUGCUUGGAGAAUGUGAGAGAUGCAAAAGAAACAAAGCUUGCUAAUUUGAAACAGAAGAAGCACCUGCACGUUUUGGGAUUAUUUUGGGGAAACGAUGAUGAGAACAAUUAUACUGCAGGAAGUCAGCACUCAAUAGGAUCGUCACAUGGACAUUACAGUGAUGCUAGAUUAGAAGAAGUGGAAGAUAUACUAGAAUGCCUUGAACCGCAUGAAUAUCUGAAAAAGCUGUUCAUCAAAAGGGUAUCCCGGCAUCAAGUUUCCAAGUUGGGGACUCCCCAGUCUGACUGGGCUUGUACUGAUCAGUCUCAAAAGAUGUUUAAAUCUACCUACCAUUGGGCAGCUUCCAUUACUUAAGAAUCUCUAUCUACAGGCAAUGGAAGGCAUCGAGUUCAUCGGCCAAGACUUUUAUGGUGCAGAUUAUAUUCAGUCACCUUUCCCAUCUCUCAAAGAACUAACCCUCAGAGAUUUUCCGAAUCUGAAAGAAUGGCGUGGCAGUAAUGGAAGACAAGUACUGUUCCCUCGACUGGAAAAAUUGAUUGUAAGCAAGUGUCCAAAGCUUUCUGCAGCACCUAUCAUUCCAUCUCUUCAGCAUGUAGAGUUGCAGGGUUGCCAUCCAUUGCUUGUGAACUCCAUGGAAAAUCUAACCUCACUCUUGGUUAUGGUAAUCGAUACUUUCCCAGACUUGUUACUCUUACCAGGAGAGCUGCUAAAAACCAGUAUUCUUCUUACCUCUCUGAAGAUUAGCUCAUGCACUAAUCUUUCAUCGCUGCCUUCUGAAAUAGAGAACCUCACUGCUCUAAAGUCACUGAGCAUAUGUUGGUGUCAAAAGCUUUCAUCCUUGCCACAAGGAUUGCAGAACCUUACAUCAUUGGAAUCCUUGGAAAUCAGCGAAUGUAAUUUGAUUGACUCUUUGCCGGAUGAUGGUAUCCGAGGUUUGAACUCCCUUAGAACUUUGUCCAUUGAGAACUGUACAAAUCUGUCUUCGUUAUCGACUGGACUGCAAUACCUCAGUGCACUCGAGCACUUGUCCAUUAUGUACUGCCCAAAAUUAGAUUCUCUGCCAAAUGAUUUGAGCAACCUUUCAACCCUUCGGAGUUUGAGCAUCUUAUGGUGUCCUCGUCUGGGUUCUCUGCCAGAGGGGCUACAGCAUGUUAGAACAUUGCAAACUUUGGAAAUUCGUAGCUGUCCUGGUCUGGAAGAAUUCCCUGAAUGGACUAACAAUUUAUCUGCACUUAGAUCAUUGGCGAUUUCAGAUUGCAACAACAUGACUUCAUUGCCAGAAGGAUUGGUAUGUCUCAGUACACUGCAGCACCUUUCCAUUCAAGACUGUCCUAAUCUGGAGAAGUGGUGGAAGGAUAAGAGACGUAGGGACAGACGGAGGAUAUCUCACAUCUCGCAUAUCUAUAUUGGGUCGCCAGAAUUCCGGCUGUAAAAGGUAUAGAAUUGCAUGUAUGCAAGCUGCAUGCAACGAAAAUGGGGACACCUGAAGCAUGUGGUUUUCCAUUUUCAUGGGGGUUUUGUAUUUCUCUGAAAGCUCCGCUAGCUCCCUCCCUGCUUUUGCUAAAUGGCUGAAUGAAAGCUCAUACCAAGAGUAAGGGGAAUAUAUAUAGAGUUUCACAAGAACGGCCGAGCAAAACCCAACCUCAACUCAUGAAUUAACUGCAUUGAUCAUCACGUACGUAAGGUGGCCCAUAGAUCAGAUGAGAAUGAGCCCCUUAAUUUCAAGAUUUUAUUAAUUCAGAGGAUCAAAAUCCUGUAUGACUUCGUGCCAGAUUCUGAACAGACUUAAGUUUAUUUUUGAGGCCUAGCUAGUUGUUGUAUGGACAUGACUUUCAUGUGUGCAUUCUGGAUUAAUGUCCUACCCAUAUGGAAUUUUA